UGGACGUGUCAUGGCUGAGACAUGCUAUGGCUGAGGUGGACAUGUCAUGGCGGAGACAUGCUACGGCUGAAACCCACAUGCUAUGGCAGAGAUGGAUGUACCAUGGCUGAGGUGGACAUGCUAUGGGUGAGACGGGCAUGCCAUGGCUGAGGUGGACAUGCUAUGGGUGAGACGGGCAUGCCAUGGCUGAGGUGAACAUGCCAUGGCUGAGACAGACAUAAGACUGAAACCAACAUGGCAUGGCUGAGACAAACAAGCCAUGGCUGAGGUGGACAUGCCAUGGCUGAGACAUGUGGCUGAGACAGACGUGAUAUGACUGAGACAUGCCAUGGCUGUGACAUGCCAUGGCCGACACGGACAUGCCAUGGCUGAAACCGAUGUGCCAUGGCUGAGGUGGACAUGCUAUGGGUGAGACGGGCAUGCCAUGGCUGAGGUGGACAUGAUAUGACUGAAACCAACACGCCAUGGCUGAGACAUGCCAUGGCUGAGACGGACAUGCCAUGGCUGAGGUGGACAUGCCAUGGCUGAGACAUGCUACGGCUGAAAACGGACAUGCCAUGGCUGAGACGAACAAGCCAUGGCUGAGGAGGACGUGCCAAAAAAAGACUCCUCUCAUUCAGUGUUGAAGUGGUAAGUUUUUUUAGACUUUUUUUUUUUUAAACCAAGCUUGAGGGAGAUGUUGGACAACUAUAUGUUUACUGCGGCAUGCUAACGUUAACAUUUUAGCAUUGUUAGCAUUCUUAAAGUCAUUCCAACCCUCCCAUCAUAUGUUCCCAUGGUCAAGGAAUUUAAAUAUGUGGAUAAAAUAAUUUGUGGUGUUCAUUGCUACGUCUGCGCUGUCCGAGCGCUUUUAUACUUAAGCUAACAUACAUUAGCAGUGUAUGAUAAACAGCUAACUGUACAGUGGCUAAUAAUGUUAAUAAUACAAUACAAAGAUAUUCUUGUGAACUGAUUGUGUUGUUUUUCUUGGCCUCUGUCGGAUUCUUGCAACAGGCUGAUAAAACAUCCUAUCGCCAUGUCUUUCACAAGGAGGAUGAACUUUGACCCGCUGAGAAGAGCCUGAAAGAUUUGAGCUCCUCCUGGCUGAACACAACCAACCAGAAAGACCAGAGUUGUGGGGUCGGCUUCAGGAGCCAAGGAUUCCUUCGUCUGCUUACACUUCCUGUUUGCUGACUGGGAAACAAGACAAAAGCCACUUUUCCAUUUCCUUUCCAUUCUAGCUUUCCUGCCAUGAACAGGGCGUGGGCGGGGCUGCGUGCCCGCCCGUACAUCAGCAACGUGGCGGGCUACACGGCGCUCUUUGCCUCCGCCGACAUCUUCCAGCAGAGCGUGCUGACCCGGAGGAGGGCGGUCGGGCCCGAGUCGCACGCCGCGCCCGAGUCGCACGCCGCGCCCGAGUCGCACGCCGCGCCCGGCAUCAGCUGGCGACAGACGGCUCGUGUGGCCGCCGUGGGCUUCUGUUUCCAUGCCAACUUCAACUACCGAUGGCUCAGCUGGCUGGAGAGGAUGCUGCCCGGGGGCGGGGUCAAGGCGGUGACGGCAAAAGUGGUGGUGGAUCAGCUGGUGGCGGGGCCGCUCACCAUCAGCGCCUUCUAUAUUGGUUUAAGUUUACUCGAAAGCAAAGAUGAUAUCCUUGAAGACUGGAGGGAGAAAUUCUGGCCGUCUUACAAGACCGGUGUCGUGUUCUGGUCAACAGUGCAGGCUGUGAACUUUUCCCUGGUCCCUCCUGUGGCUCGGACCGUCUUCCUCGGAGCCGCCGCUCUGGUUUUCACCAUCUUUCUGUGCCACCUUCGACAGCAGCAGGACCACGAAUUGAAGAAGUAAACAGGACAAGUCUUAUACUGCAGUAUACGACACGUCAGCAGUGCUAAUACUUCUAUGUAACAUCUACUUUCAUUUACUAAUAGUGUGUGAUUAGUUCCGUAUGUCAAAGGUUAUUGUAUACAGAUGAAUCCUGCAGAUGUGAAGUGGCCUUUGUCAAAUAUUUACCAGAAACUAGACAUUAACACAAUGUAAUAAAUGUGUUUUUA